AGGGAGUCGUGUCCCUUUUGGAGUGAUUAAUCCAUGAGCCAACAUCAAGAUUACAUCCCAACACAGGCAGUCCACUCUCUUUCUUUCCCUUACUCUCCUCCAGUGAUAUAUGGAAUAACAGCGCAAUAUUCACACCGGCCCCUAUACGCGAACCGGUAUCUGUGACAUCCUGUCGGUAUCUGUGGAGUCCAUGCGGUCAAGAUAAAGAUCUGUGAGGUUCGGAUGCGGCUCCACACAACUUCCAGUGGACGGCUAGCCACGGUCACAUGAGCUCACGUGAAUUAGCCGCGGUGCUUGAUGACUCAAUUAUUACGUUAUUUCGUACUGUCCGAGCUCGCAUCAGUGCGCGAGCAGGCGCCGCUGAUUGGCCGCCCGCCUCUGCCGGUCGGUGCUGGGGAUGAUGGCGCGGGAAAGGCCAGAUACGGAGUACGGAGAACGGCAAGACAAUUUUUCUGCAUCCAACCGGCAAAGCGUCACGCCCUUCAACAAGAAGACCCAGCCACUGACUCACCCCGUUAUAUACCUUUCCCGCCCCUCCAAUUUCUCGUAUUCUCCCGUUCAAACGCCACUUGACUCCUGCGAAGAAUCAUGAAGUCCGCUCUAUACUCAACAACACGAAGGGGAAUUCCCGCGCUCAGCGGCAGCAGUUCCGCAUGGAGAUAUUCCAUUCCUUGCCAAAGGAAGUUCAGCACGGAUUUCGCAAGCCGGAGCGAUGGAUUACCAGGAAUUGAUGUCUCCAAAUUAUCUAUUACGAAAACUACCUCGCCGAAACAACCUAUUCAGCCCGAGAAGCUCGUUUUUGGAAAUACCUUCACUGACCACAUGCUUACGAUAAAUUGGAAUACUAAAGAUGGCUGGCUUGCUCCAAAAAUCAUCCCUUUCCAAAACCUCAGUCUCAAUCCGGCCACCUGCGUUUUCCAUUAUGCGUUUGAGUGUUUUGAGGGAAUGAAGGCAUACAAGGACAAGAACGGUGGCAUCCGGUUAUUCAGACCAGAUAAGAACAUGUCACGGUUAAAUAAGUCAUCAAAACGUAUUGCGCUUCCAACACUCGACGCGGACGCCGCGAUAAAGCUCAUUGGCGAACUUGUUAAACUAGAUAGUAGAUUUAUUCCUGACGCACGCGGCUAUUCAUUAUAUCUAAGACCCACCAUGAUUGGUACGCAGGAGACAUUGGGCGUUAGCGCUCCAAGCUCCGCCAUGCUCUUUGUCAUUGCUAGCCCCGUUGGCCCCUAUUACCCAACCGGAUUCAAAGCUGUUUCUCUAGAAGCAACAGAUUAUGCGGUUCGUGCAUGGCCUGGCGGAGUUGGGGAUAAGAAGCUGGGUGCAAACUACGCCCCAUGCAUUGUCCCACAAAUUGAGGCUGCAAAGAAAGGCCAUCAACAGAAUCUGUGGCUGUUUGGAGACGAAGAAUACGUCACAGAGGUUGGGACCAUGAACCUAUUUGUUGCGUUAAAGAACAAAGGAACUGGGCAAAAUGAACUCAUCACUGCUCCGCUGGAUGGUACGAUCUUGGAGGGAGUCACACGAGAUUCAGUCCUCGCUCUUGCCCGAGAAAGGCUGGGCCCUAAAGGUUGGGCGAUAUCAGAGCGCAAGUUGACAAUGUCGGAAAUUGCCCAAGCUGCUGAUGAGGGAAGGAUGAUCGAGGUAUUCGGAGCGGGAACUGCGGCUAUUGUUAGUCCCGUUCGCACUAUUAGCUGGAAAGGACGGACGGUGGACUGUGGUUUGAAAGAAAAUGAAGAGGCUGGGAAAGUGGCUCUCGAGAUGAAGAACUGGAUUGAAGGGAUUCAGUAUGGAGAUGAAGAACAUAGUUGGAGUGUCAAACUUUAGUUCUACUCCUUUGGGUAUUUACCAGGGUAUUAUACAGUUUUCGCUUGAUUUACAUGUACCACAGCCUAGACAGCCUUUCUCCUGCAAUCUGUUACCAAUUACGUUACCUGUUUCAAUUUCUUUUUACUCUUGUAUUCGGAGAACAACUUGUUUUAGACCUAGAAAGAAACCCUCCGCCGCCUAUGGAUUUGGCCACCAUUUAAUCAAACUCAUUGGUUGUGCGUCCACAUCCUGUCCAUCCGGUUGAUAUGUGAGAGGUUCCACCUGGGAUCAACGAGAAAGAGGAUAAAUUUUUAUACAGCUCAUAAGUUACCAUCAUACGCUUCCUGGCCUAGUCCGGUGUUAUCCCGGAUGGCACACAACAAACAAGGGUUCAAUUUUAAUUACCUUGCUUACGCCGCUAGGAAAGUCCCCAAACGAAUAUUCCAUCAAGUCUGCAGAAAUCGCGCGCAUAGACCUGUGGAGUCCAUCCGAUUAGCCUCACCCCCAACCACCCAAGACCUUCAGUCUCCUAAGUGGUGGGGUGAGCAGGCAACAAACUGCUAGCGAGAGGCGAUCUACUUGCUUCCCAUCAAAAGCAUGGAGUAUGGAGGAAUGCUCAAGAGUUAAUUAUCUACGUAGUAAAUAUAUUGACGAAGGCCGGGGCCAAGAGAAGGGUGCGUACCUACGGCAACAUUCUCCACGCAAGGUAGCUGCCGCAGCUGGUUGGGUAGCUUGCCCCUUUCUCCCAAUCUCCCCUUGUCCCCAUCCUGCAUCCUCCCUUUGCCGCCAAAGUCCAGUAGGAUUUUCAGCCCAUUCGGUAACAAAAUGGUAACGAAUUGACGAUCAAAAUACCGGAUUAACACCAAACUCAGCCCCAGGAAGACAAUGGAAAGGGCAUACUGCUGGGAUCUCUUUUAUGCCAUGCCCUGAAUCUUCCUCCUGCUUGCAGCCUGCAUGGAAUAGCAGUCCACAGCACAGAGGGUCGUGCCGGAGUGUGGGAUUGUUUCUUUGAGAGGUUCUCUGCACCCAGUCUAGCAUCUAAUCCCAGGGACCCCAUUCCCAAUCCGCCUCGCUUGUGUGUAUAUAUGUGUGGGAUGUUUAAUUCGUUGGGAACCCAGAAGGCCGCACUGAGUGGCCUACAGAUGUCCUACUAGCGCAACAACCCUUCAGGUAUGACACGACAAUACGGAGUAGUGACAAUGAAAAGAACCCUGAUAGCUAAGAAAAGAAGCGAGGGGAGUACCAGCACAUCUUGAAACAUGAGACGAUAUUUUUAACCCAUCCAUUAAGUUGGGAAUGAUUGGAGCUAUGUUUCCGCUCCGCGAACAAAGGUAAAGUAGAAAUGUUUCCUUUCCACAUCAACAGUCUCACAUUUCCUGUAUAAAAUAGAAAUGGUGGAAUGAGCUGGCCACAUGGCGGCUGGACAUACGCAGUAGGAAUCCGACGCUCUUUUCGCGGUUAACGGCCGCGCGUCUUAUCAUAUAGAAGGACUGGACUAAUAAUAUGCCCUUCACAUUAUUUUUCCCGGACUAUUGGAGGAGGAAUAACGAGGGAGAGAACGAGAGAGCGUGUCGAUCUCUCGUGAUUGAUGACACCGUUCAAAGUCCUCAGACGACUCAGCCUACAUCCAUAGUACAGUGCCGUGCCUGCGAGGAUCAGGGAGCAACAGACAAGAGUGUUGAACAAUGAAUCUAACCAUUCUAGGGUUGUGUCCGAAGGGUUAGGUCCAACAUGAAUCCUGAGACGGAGGCCGGAUGUGUGUGUUUGUGUGUGUUUUUGUGUGUGUAUCUACGCGUUAAUUUCCGAGAGCCCUUAGAACGUGUUCAGUUUUCAGGGCCUCCGCUGCUGCAUGGGAGCCUUGCAAGGGGUAUAUAAGUUAGUUAUUAUUAUUGAGGUAUAAAAAUAGGAUAUGGCAUACCAUGCCCAUACAACUAGUAAUAUAGAUAGAGCCUCCGCCGUGACAUCAGUCAGUCUGAUUCAGCAACCGCCGCGUCUCCGUCAACUCUGCAUCCUUCACACACUCCGCAGCCCGCGUUGCCUUCUAAUUCUCAUAUAGGCUACUUUCUAAACAACAAAGUUUCGUGUCGUCAUCAACCAUCGCUCCUCAUACAACAGUACUGGAUAUAUGUACUGUACAUACGCAUGUACAGCGCUUCGCCAAAACUCCCCCAUACAUAUCCCUGUCGAUUCCAUGAAGCCAAUAACCUUUUGUGCGUGGCAAUGGCUAAAUACGUCGUCGCCGUUGCUGUUAUUUCUUUGUUAACUUUGCAUGCAGACGAAACGGGAGGACAGCCGAGCCAAGGUUGCCAUCGGGGCAGUGUGGCUUGCCGCCUCAAUUUUAGCUUUUGGGCGCAUCGUCCCAUCACCGUCCCAUCCCAGCAGUGAACAGUUAGGACAUGGAACCGGAGGUAACUGCUACUAACCACCAGCAGGAUUUCGGGCCUGGUGGGCCACUGGGCCAGCCGUGACCUCGUUCCCUCGCAAAGAAAAGCAUCCGAGCUCUAGGAAGGUUCCAUCAUUUUGAAAUGGCCGCGGACUUAAAAAAAAAAAAAAGAUUUCCCCGCCGCGGAGCAAUAUCGGUUGUCGUUAGCCCUCAGCCGCAGCUAAUUUUUCUCGCAUGAGUUCACAGACUCUUCGCAAAGCUGAGAAAUUUCCAUCUAGAAUCAAUGCAAAAAGGAUUGAAGGAAUUUUGUCAAUCAGAUCUAUCCAGGUGGUUGUUGCCGCCGUCCGUCCCUGGGCAGAUCCAAGUCAGCCGCUAAACCUCGUGUCGAUAUUUUGAGUGCUGACGGAUGAGAUCCUUCUUUUCUUCCAUUCCCAGCCACGCAGCCGGCUGCCUGUUUACGCUACUACUUAGUCGCAGCCAGACCAGAACCUCCUUCAGCAAAUUCGGAUCCGGCUACGGAGUAUGCAGAAAUGUGCCUGCAAUUGGCCACUGGGAUCGCCAUCCCCUCGCUCCGCCAACGCAGAGAAUAGCUGCAUGGUGGGGGGAGGGAUCGGUAAAGAAUCUUCUUUCCAGGCCAGCAAGAAACAUUUCCAAGGGCUUCCAAGAUGUCUUCGGCCACUAAGAGGCGUUCCAUGGAACAACAAGUGUUAGGCUACGUUGAUGAAAUGCUACGAUAUCAACAGAAUACACCGACUAGUUUCAAGGAGAUUGGACUGUUCUUGGGGGACAGACUUGGUCGGCACCAAUCGGUAACAUUUGUUUAGGAGGAGACUCGCUGCAAGUUAUGUUCUUGCGCGGUGAUGGUUGGUCCUUCGGGCACUUUUGUGAUUCUAGCAAGCGGUCUGCGACAUCCGUCUACCAGCGUAGCUUUUCUAUUUGGAACACACCCAGAACUUCAAAACUAAUAAUAUAGCAGGGCGUUUUUUUCUCUUCUCUUUUUUCGCCCCCGCAAAAUAACAAACAAGUGCUUCAGGAUACAGUAUUUUUUCUAUUUUCGUUCCAUGCCUCGCGUAGGCAUGGACGGCGAUCGUUAUUCCUUCCACUAAUGAUAUGAUGAUGAUGAAUCAAAUCAUAACCGCGCGAAAGGUGUUUCGAAAGAUUUCGCUCUUAUUCAAAAACACGGCUUAACCGCAUACGACGGUCCGACCAGAGGUUGCAGGAGGGGGAGGAGCCGUAGCUUACAAAUCAUCUACGGGCCGGUUAGUUUUUUCCGAAGAGGAUUUGACUCUCAUCACAUCCCUGAACUGCAUCCCCUUCUCUGCUUGGGUCCGCAAAAAAAGAAAAGAAACAUUGACACAACAUAUCCCCACGGGUUUCAACCAAGACAGGCUUCGCUUUCUGGCACGAAGCGCAACACUAGGCUACAUUUGGGGUCUUGGACAAGGACCUAGUGGAAUUGAGGUUUGACGAUACGACACGUUGAUAUCUCCGAGCGUCGUUUGGGAGAAGGCCCAUGGGGGAAAAGGGAAAAAAAAUAACCGAAAGAAUGAAUAUAAAUAAACUUCUCGCUAACGGAUUCGUUCCACUCGGAGUUAAGAAGGCUAGUUUCCAUGACUGGAUCGAGCAUUCGAUGAUUGUUCCUUUUUCUUUUUUCUUUUUCUUUUUCCUUUUCUUUUCUUUUAUUUUGGUGGCGGGACGAGCUCCGCGCAGGGCAUGCGGGGAGAGAGAAGUGGUACGAAGUUUGGAACGGGCUAACAACUAGCUAAGAUUCAAAAGCAUAUAAGUAAACUAUUCAGCAACGGACUCUGGGACAGGAAGAUCUGAUGAUAAUCAAUCAUUUUUGUGUAGCAAAUCAUCUGACCCGAACUGGAACUCGGAUGAAGGAGAGUAUAUAUACUCCGUAUAUAUAGUAUAUAUAUAUAUGUUUCUGCACUUUACGCAUUUUGGGACCGCGGAUUUGAAUUCUGAUUGGUUUGAUAUCCGGUAAAAUACGGAAGGAACUUGAAAGGGGGAAAUAUCUGUCAAACCUCUCCUCUCAACGGACAUGAAUGACGCGAUACCAAGCCAAAAAACUAACUAUGACAAAAACCACAAGGUGUUCCGAUAAUUGAUACGCUGCAACCCACCCCCCUUCCCGCGUAUUGCUAGCUACUCGCGCCUCCAGCCAAGACCGCGCUGCGGCCCCCGUUUCGCCUAUUUCUUGGCGAGCGGACUCGAAGUCCGUUCCGAAGGGGCAAGCAAAGCCAAAAAACAUAAAUAAAGGUAAACCUGAUGAUUUCGCUAGUUAAAAAAGAAUAAUAAAAAAAUACUGCUCGUUACAGGAAGUCUAUUAUUAUUAUAUGUUAUGUGCUCCGUACACGUAUAGAAUCGGUAUCCAACAAGUAUUUACGCUGUAAUGUCUUGUUUGUUGGGUUGAUCGUAUGGUUGAUAAGCCAGAAGAGAAAUGAACGCCAGGAGUUGGUCUCCAUUUCCAACCUCCUCCUCAUAGAAACUUGCACGCAAUCGCCCCUUAUUUUGCCACCAAUCCGUUUCAUAUGCUUUGAAAAAAAGGAAGUAGAAAAAGAAAAGCCGUGACCAAUAUUAAAAACAAAACAAAAAGAGACUCUUGCAAUUCGUCAAGAGGGGUUCCAUAUACGCUCAUGUAACACCGUAAACAAAGUCAAAGAAGGAAUCCACCGCUAUAUACAGUUACAGAAGUGUAAAUUCAAAAUAAAAUAAAAUUCGAAAAAUAAAAUAAAAAAUCGGGAUAGAAAAUCACCUAGCGCGUUCA